UAAUUUUUUUAUUUUUUGGUUUGAAAGAAAUGUUAUCUCAAAAAAACUUGUCAAGAAUCUCAAAUGGUUUACAAAGUAGUUAUAGUAGACAAAAAGUUUCAACAGUUGAACUUGAUGAAAAUCGUCGAUAUCAUGGUGAUAGCUUCGAAAGAAAAGAACCAUGGAGAGACUUUUUUGAAAAACUCAUCAUAGCAGGCGAGGUUGACAAAGAACUUGAGAGAAGAAAAAAUGAAGAAAUGUUAAGAGAAAAACAAAAAAAAGAGCAUCUCAAUGUCUAUGUCAAAAGCGUAAUUAAUAAAAAUGAUUUUUAUAUUAAAGAAGUUGAGGCAAAAUGUUCAAGCCUAAAAAUAAUUGAUUCAAAGAGAAAUAAUGCAAAAAAAACUGAUGUAAAAAAAACACCAAACAAAAUAAAAAAACAAGAAGUAAAUAAUUUUAAAACUAAUAAUAGCUCUAAAGAUCUAAGCAAAUACCUUAAUAAUAUCGGCUACGAAAAAAAUAAAAAAUGUAAUGGUCUGACAAGUAAAAAUUUAAACAAUAAACUUAGGAGAUACAGUGCUGAAAAGAUUAUAAAAUACGAUAUUAAAAGUUAUAACACAGUUAUAAACAAUCCUAAACCGUGUAAUGAAGCCGACAAUGAAGGUAAUGAAGCCGACAGUGAAGGUAAUGAAGCCGACAAUGACUGCAUUAGUCAUGAUAAAAGUAAAAAACAAAAGACAACAAAUAGUAAAACAAAUUCAUCAACUGAAACUUUCAAAAAGCAAAAUAAAAGUCAAGAGAAAAUUAUAAAAACUAACAGUAAAUACGACACUAGCAGUAAAGAUAACACUAACAGUGAAAACGACACUUACAGUGAAAACGAAACUAACAGUGAACACGAAACUAACAGGGAACAUGAUGCUAACAUUAAACACGGUAUUAACAGUGAAAACGACACUAAUAGUAAACAAGGCACUAGCACAAAACACGUCACUAACAACAAACACAACCUUGAACUCGAUAAUAUAGAAGAUAAGAAAGAAAAAUCUAACAUUCAACGAGAAAGUAUAAUAGUUGAAAAUAAUUUUAGAGAGACAGAUUGUAAAUUAAACAUUGAGAAUGAGAAACUAAACAUGUUAGACACAAAUAAUCAAUGUAUAAAUGAAAAAUCUACAGAUAAAUUAUGCAUAAAUGAACAAUGUAAAAAUAAAACAUGUGCAGAAAAACAAUAUGCAGAAAAUAAGCAAGAACUGUGCGAAGAAGAGUUUGAGAAUUUAGUACGACGACAUACAAUACGUCAGUUAGUAAUACAACAAGAAGAAGUUAACAACCUAAUAGAUGAACUCAAUGUUAAAGUUUAAUAUAAUUUUGAUUUAAACUUAAUGUGAUUAUUAAAUUGACGAUUGUAGAAAAGACUGUUAGUUUAUCUCAUGUUGAUAAUUAAAAUUAUAAUCUAAUAAACGAGUAAUUUCAUGUUAACUCAGUACAUUUUUCAAACCAUUUUAACAAUAAAUGUUAGUUUAUUUGAAAUUCUGUUUGGUUGAAAAACAUAAUGAAUAAAUUAUCUUGACCGAACCUGGACAUCCUAUUCAAAGAAGUUCUCAAGAUAAACAACUUUUUAAUACUUUUUACGGCAGGUUUACAUUGUAAUUAAACAACUAAAAUAAUUAAUCUGCAGAUAAAAUCUGGUUGGAAAUGAGCUAGAGACUAGCUAGCAACUAGCAAAUUUUUUUUCUCACGCUAUUUUUAUUAUUGAAUCUAAAAUAUUUAUGAUAAUAAUUGAACUUGUAA